UUUCCUCCUUGUCAUGUAUAACGUGGCAUUUGCUUUUCUGCUUUACAAUUUCCUAAUCAUUUUUUGUCAUGUGUGUUCUUGACUUAAUAGACCUGACAGAAAUAUGGAAUAUUUUGUGUGUUGUAGAAUUUAUUGUUAGAGCCUCUGAGUUUCCUGUCAAAGGAGAAUGAAGACCUGCAGGCUCUUGUCAAGAAACAGACACAUGAGAUCUCUAAAACUGAGGAAAGGUCUCGACAGCUCUCUUCUCAGAUCUCUGCACAGUUUGAGGAGAUGCACCAGUUCCUGAGGAAAAAGGAGGAGCAAGUGAAGAAAAUAUUAGUGAAAGAAGAGAAGGAAAUGAUUGAAAAGAUGAAAAGAAAUAGAGCAGAAAUAGAAGAGAAGCUGAACGAUGGAAGAGAGAAAGAAGGGAUUCUACACUCAGUCUUUGAGUCCGAUCAACCAGACGGGUUUCUGCAGUGGUGGACUGAGAAAGGGCUGGCAUUAGUUGAAGAGAUGAAAGAAAAAGAAAGCGGCAGUGAAAAUAAUGAUAGUGCUUCUCAAACAACCAAGUUCAAAUCAACAGUGAAAAGCGUAAAUUUCACACCAAAUUCUUUAUUCCUCGGCCUUCAUGAGACUCAUUUGCAGUUUAUUGUGUGGAAGGAGAUGCUGGGCUCUAUCAAACCAGUCCCUGAUCGUAAUGUCAUACAUGACUGUCAUGACCCAUACCUGAAGGUCUCCGGCGAUGGGCGCAGCGUCAUCCGCACAUCCAAAAAGGGGAUUUUUUUGCGUCACAAAGACUAUAGGCCUCUGGCCAGGACCCACAAGACCUUCCAGUCAGGGCAGCACUACUGGGAGGUGGACGUAGGAGCGAAGACAGACUGGAGCGUGGGCUUUGAUGGUGGCUGUAUAAGCAACUUGAACAAGGACAUUGGGCUUCACCUUAAGCAUGACCAAGGCUACUGCAUCAAAGAGUAUGAGACAGUGACAGACAUAGAUCUGACAGUGAAACCACACAGGAUAGGGCUGUACCUGGACUGCGACAGAUGUCAGGUGUGCUUCUAUAAUGCCGAUGACAUGACUCUACUGCACACCUCCACAUACCCUUCCUCCAUCCCUUACUCGCUCAGCCUCUCUCCUGGAGCGUAUCUGGCAGGGAAGAAUGCUGAUCCUAUGACAGUGUCCUGGAACUGAUCCGUCCCGGAAACAAUUAGACACUUUAUUAAGAAAGGAAGAAAGACCACAGGAGAUUUUGUUCUUUAUUUUAGACAACAAGGGAAAUACUGUAUAUGCAAGCUUAUCUGGCAUUUCAGCCACAUAAGAAACAAAUCAUGCUUUCGGAAAUAACAAUUAUGACAUAAAUUGUCAAAAUGAUCAGAUACUGUAGUAAUUAUGAGAAAAGUCAAAAUUAUGACAUACUAAGACAAUUAUAAGUCUUAUAAAAAAGAUUUGUAUCAUUUUGUCUUUUUAUGUGAUAAUUAUAACUUUUAUCUCAUAAUUUUAAUUUUUUUAAUCUUUUCAUCUUAAAUUUAGUCAAUUUCAACCUUUUAUCAAAUAUUUAUGACUU